UACUUUCCCCAAUCCCUAUACGACAAAAUUAAAAUAAAGGAGCGGAUUAAGGAGCUGAUUUUAAUCAGAUUGACUUUUUCCCGUAAUCCGUGAUUUUCCAGACCCGUGACUGUCCGUGUUUUGCAAACCGCGAUUCUCUCCAUACGUAACAAUGGGAUGACGUCAUACUAGUCUAACGUCACAUUUCCUCUGUUGCUACAACAAGGUGUAUCUGGCAAAGCGCAGUGAGUAGACUUUUCUCCUUUUAAAAAUUGUGUAUCACACGAAUUUAAAGCUCGGGGAUCCAGACCGCAUUAUUUGAAGUUAAGUCUGUGAUUUCCUACUUUUGUUCACUUAGUGCCAAAUUUAACAGCUAACUCUAUUGAUAUGGAAGAUACUGCAAUUGUUUGUCUGUGUACAUGUGUUUGUGAGAGGGGUGUUCUGCAACUAAAUUCAUUUUUUCCAUCAUUUUAGAUCUGAAACUGAUUGAAUUAACAUUGAAAUGGACUCAACCAUUUUUGACAUCGCUGCCGAUAACAAACAGGAGAUGAGUGAGUUUGUUGGGCGGAAGAAGAUCCGUAAAACGAUCCAAAGAAUUGAAAUCAUCAAAGAAAAGUACGCAGGCGUCAACAUGUUUCUGCCACCUUGGGCGACAGACGCCUAUUUUCAAUCCCUUCACAAACAGGAGACAAAGAACUUCCACGUGCAGGAAAACAUACCCGAGGAUGACACUGAAGAUGACACUGAAGAUAACAAUGGAGAUGACAGUGAAGAGCCUCUGCCAUGGAAGCUAUUCAUGUUUAACAUCGACACUUUUAAGAUCCCGAUGCAGGAGACAGAAAAGGACACUGCUGAUCAUGAAGAACUGGAAGACAACACAGAACCGUCAAUGUCACAAAGUUCUCCUGUCACCAAUGCACAUGUAGAACUGGUGCCUAAACCAAAGAAGCACGGACUGCGACGAAGACUGUUGAAGUUUCUCGGAAUGAAAUGAAAUACUCGUGAAUUAACAUGGAUACAAUACAAAUCUUUUCUAAAUGUUCUGUGUUAUAUCUAAAACGUCUCGAAAUAAUGUUCUCAGUUAGAUUAAAUA